GUGCACCCAAGGAGGAACAAACAUCAGCCUCAGCUGUAGAGGGUGUGUACAUCUAACCAUGAACCACAGAACACACACACACUUUAAAUACCAUUAUCAACUGUCAGAUGAUCCAACUCGGUUUCACUCAAUGACACCAUCAUGGAAUCCUCAGCACCGUUUUUUUUUUUUUUUUUUCCUAAAUGUUGCUCACUGCUUGGAAAUCCUGGGGCUGGGUGGAGAGAGGAUCCUUGAGAUCACUCACAACAUCACAGCAGUCCUGGGAGAGGACGUCUACCUGAGCUGUAGUUAUCUGGGCGAGAGUGAGAUCCAGAGUGCCGAGUGGAAACGCCAGAUUAACUCCAAAAUUACAUCCAAGCGACUGGCUGGAUUUUUUAAUGGCAAACCAUUUAGCCGCGAUAACAUCUCAAAGCCAGAGUCUCUCACCAACCUCACAGUUAAGAUGAAGGUGUCCAAUGUGGAAGCGGAGGGAGAAUACAUCUGUGAGUUUGAAUCAGAGGAAAACCAGUAUUCUGACCGUGUAUAUCUCACUGUCGUAGCUCGGCCAGAUGUACAGAUGCUGGUGAACGCAGAGACCAUAAACGGCUCUCAGUACCAGUCGGUGUCAUGCUCUGCGGUCGGUGGCCGGCCUCUGCCUCAAGUCAGCUGGUUAGUCGCCGGCCGACCUCCUUCAGAUGACACUUUUGCUGUGGGCGUGAGUGAAACCAUUCACUCAAACGGCACCUCCACUCUGAGCAGCAUCCUCCGCUUCCCCACGCACCUGCAGGACGAGGACAGCGUGACUUGUGUGGUCCAACACCCGACCCUCCCAGACCCCAAAGUCACCAUGGUCAGGGUGGAGACCUACACGAGGCCAAAUGUGAGCAUUAAAGCAGAGAUGGUACAACAAGGAGGAAGUGAGUUCUGGGUGGUCUCGUGCAUUUCAUCUGGAGGGAGACCUGACGCUGACAUCACCUUGGUUUUGAACAUCCAUGAAGAGCUGCAGAGAGAGAACGACACAGACUCGGACAUGCAGACAAGCUCAGUCGUCCUCCCUGCAACAGUGUAUGAGGGCCGUAAUGUCACUUGUGUGUUUGACCACCCCAAAUUUACACAGCAAGUGUCACGAGUCAUGACACUGCCGUCUUUUUAUUUGUCUGGAGUUCAGUUGAUGUACUCAGAGCUGGGAAGCAACAGUGAUGACCUUCAAGGCACUCCACCUUUAGAGGUGCAGGAAGGACGGAGAGACACCGUCAUCAGCCUGCAGGUCACUGGGAAUGUGCCACAUUACAACGUUACCUGCAUAAAGGAUGCCGGGCCCUUGCCUGACGGUGUGGAGCUGGUUGGCAGCAGCCUGACAGUUCAGGGUCCUGUGGAGCAUCAGCAUGCCGGCCUGUAUGAAUGCUUCUUCUCCUAUCACCAUCUUAAAACAACGCUGAAGUUUAAUGUCACAGUUAAACCUCAAGUUAUACGGCCUGUUCCUCCAACAAUUCGAGUCGACUUGCAGACUGAAGAUGGACACUGGGUGAUUGAGUGCUCAGCAGCUGAUGCUGUUCCUGCAGCCAACAUGUCCUGGCUUCUACCAGAGGGUCUGUCUGGACUCUCUUGGUUCAAUUUCACUUCUCAUAAUGGAAGCCACUCUGUCAGGGGAGUUUUACUCCUCCCUGCCUGCUUGCCUUGGGAGCUCACUGCGGAGUGUGUGAUAAAUCACCCUGCGUUUGAGGAACCUGAGAACAGAAGUGUCACCCUCCCUCUUUGCGCUCACCCUGAAAUCACCAUCAACUCCAGCACUGAGUGGAAAGACGGUGACGAGUUCACGAAGGUGGACUGCUCGGUGGACAGCGUUGCCCCUGCAGCAAUCAUAAGCUGGCGCGUUGGAAACGUGGACAACAGCAUCAGUUAUGUGUCUGAGACCGAAGUCCAGGCUGAUGGUUCGGUAUCGGCCCGGAGCUCCGCCCAUGUCUUGUCAUCUCUGUAUUCUGGUCAGAAUUUGACCUGCACAGUGGAGCAUCCAAGCCUGGAGGUGCCAGAGAAAAGAUCAAUACACGUUCUUGUGCACAAAGCCCCUCUGCUGAGUGUGUCUCUGGUGAGACAGCAGGACUCUCCUCUCUGGCUGGCAGUGUGCGACUUCACAGGCGAGGGUGUCGGGGCUGACCUCGCCUGGGUCCUUCCCGAAAAUGCCAAAGGCCAAACAUCCCUGCACUCAGAGUAUGAGGGCUUCGUCAUUAAAGCCAGACUUACAUAUCAGUUUCCUCUGGCCCGUCAUGAGGGGGAGGACCUGACCUGUGUGCAUCUUUUUGAACAUGGUGCCACAGAGAAAAAGUCCAUUCAUGUCCCCAGAUACCAUAUCUCCUCUGUGAGAGUCCUAAACCACACGACUCCUCUGCAAAGCCGCUACGGUGGUGAAAUCAUCACACACAGACUGGCUCUCCAGGAAAAACUUCACGACCAGAGAGUGCUGCUCCGAGUCGUAGGCAACGUGCCAGAGUACAACCUCAUCUGUAAAAGGAGUGACGGCUCAUUUGUCCAAAUGGACGGGCUUGCAAUGGUCUUCCAGUCAGAGCUCAAGGAGCAGGAUGAAGGCCUGUACAGCUGCCGGGCGUCCUUCUAUCACCACACAGCCACAGUCAACAUUCAAGUGGAGGUCACGGACGAGGACAAGCAGCUCGCACUUGCCGCCAUGAUCUGCAUUUCUUCGGCCUCGGCCAUCAUCCUCGUCCUCGUCGUCACCCUCUGGGUGUGCUGCAAAAGACAAAGCCGGUCACAAUAUAAGAAAAAGGAGUCUCUUGCUGCCUUGACAUCCCUGACGCAAGAUCCCGGCUCUCCUCAGGUGAAGAAGCCGGCGGGGACAGAACAUAACAAUAAAGAAUACGCUCAGAUGGUCAGUUACUCCAUCGUCCUUGACAUCAAGAGCGCAGUGUGAAGAUAAAAAAGAAUUUAGACGUACACAUUCUGCUUUGCAUUGUGCACAAACUAGAUAUGAAGGCUUACUGGAACUGCAGGAUUUAUCAUUUCAGUGUAUGUUCUUAUGAGUUCAGCAUUAUAAGUGAAACAAUCCUUUUUAUGUACUGAAAUGUGAGUUAUUCGCAAGGAUUUUUUGAAUGAUAGGCAUUACUGAUUUUAAAGCAUUACCUUUGCACUUCUUCAUCGACAAAAUUUUGUUUAUUUUUUAUGUUCAUUGCUGUUGUCAAUAAAAUCAUCCAAAUAUC